CUUCAGGUCCCCUCGGUGGUGAACUACUCCGGUUUGCGGCGGCGGUUGGAGGACAGCGAUCGCUCCUGGAUGGAACAGUUCCUGGAGCUGCAGGGUCUAGACCUGCUGAUGGAGGCGUUGGAGCGACUGUCAGGUCGCGGCAAUGCUCGCAUCGCAGACGCUCUGCUGCAGCUCACCUGUGUCUCCUGCAUCCGAGCAGUCAUGAACUCAUCCACAGGACUGGACUUUAUCCUGCACCACUCCGGUUACAUCAGGACCCUGACCCAGGCUCUGGAUACAUCCAACGUCAUGGUGAAGAUGCAGGUGUUUGAGCUGCUGGCUGCUCUCACCCUGUUUGAACCUCAGGGGCACCACCUGGUCCUGGACGCUCUGGACCACUACAGGUCUCUGAAGAAGCAGCAGUAUCGCUUCAGUGUGAUCAUGAACGAGCUUCAUGGCACCAAUAACACCCCGUACACGGUGACACUGAUGAGCGUCGUUAACGUGCUCGUGUUGGGUCAAGACGACCUCAGGAGGCGGGACCAAGUGUGACGGGAGUUUAUAGGACUGCAGCUGCUGGAUCAACUUCCCAGACUGAGGGAGAUAGAGGACCAGGACCUGAACGUCCAGUGUGAUGCAUUUGAGGACUCUCUGACGCAGGACGAGGACGAGAUGGAGCGACUGUACGGAGGCAUUGAUGUGAGCAGCCACCAGCAGGUCUUCAGCUCGCUCUUCACCAAGGUGUCCAGCAGACCGUCCUCGGUACAGCUGCUGUCCAUCCUUCAGGCUUUGCUGUUGGUGGACCCAGAGGAAGCAGAGGUAUGGUCAGCUCUGGAGCGGCUGGCUGACCGGGCAUCCCUGCUGUCCCAGGACUCUGACUUAGAGUCUGCAGACUGUCUGCUGGAGAGGCUCCUCCCCCAAAAGUCCCUCUCAGCCAAUCGCAGGAUCCAAACAAUCGACAGGGCAAUACAGACUCGACUCCCGGGAAGUCCACUUUGCCAAUCUGAGCAACUUGUUGAAGAAGCCUCCUCAUGCCGAUCUGCCUCACCCACCCCUCCUCUCCAUCCUCGCCGAUUAUACUUACCUGGUACAAGAGCUCCUCCCACUCAUCCUACCUUAACUAGAGGGCCAUCUCCACCCCUCUUAUCUGGUAUGGUACCUCAACUCCAUCCACCUCCUCCACCCUUACCUGGAUUAGCAGGUCCUCCCCCUCCUCCACCCUUACCUGGAUUACCAGGUCCUCCUCCUCAUCCCUCUUUACCUGGAUUACCAGGUCCUCCCCCUCCUCCACCAUUACCUGGAUUAGCAGGUCCUCCCCCUCAUCCCCCUUUACCUGGAUUACCAGGUCCUCCCCCUCAUCCCCCCUUACCUGGAUUACCAGGUCCUCCCCCUCCUCCACCCUUACCUGGAUUAGCAGGUCCUCCUCCACCUCCACCCUUACCUGGAUUACCAGGUCCUCCACCCUUACCUGGAUUAGCAGGUCCUCCCCCUAUUCCACCCUUACCUGGAUUAGCAGGUCCUCCUCCACCUCCACCCUUACCUGGAUUACCGGGUCCUCCACCCUUACCUGGAUUACCAGGUCCUCCACCCUUACCACCUCCGGUUGGAGCUCAGGGUUUUGGCAGUAUGCAUUACAGACCCGCCCCCAGCCCGACCCUCCGUAUGAAGAAGCUGAACUGGCAGAAGCUCCCGUCCAGAGCGAUGACGGCUCAGCAGUCCAUGUGGACAUCUACAUCCUCAGAUUUGGUGGAACCUGAUUACUACAGCAUCGAACAGCUCUUCAGUCUUCCUGCAACUGAGACUAAGACCAGAAUCAAAGCCAAGACCGAGACCAAAGAGAUUUCGUUCAUCGACGGCAAGAAGAGCCUCAACCUGAACAUCUUCCUGAAGCAGUUCAGAUGUUCCCAUGAUGACAUUGUGUCUCUGAUCCGGAGAGGAGACAGAUCCAGGUUUGAUGUGGAGUCCCUGAAACAGCUGAUCAAACUGCUGCCCGAAAAACACGAGGUAGAGAACCUGAAGUGUCACCUGGUGGACAGGGACAGGUUGUCCUCAGUGGAUCAGUUUUACCUGCACCUUCUGGAAGUCCCCAGUUAUUCUCUGAGGAUAGAGUGCAUGUUGCUGUGUGAGGAGAGCAGCUGUUUGUUGGAGACUAUGAAGCCCAAAGCUGAGCUACUGGACCGAGCCUGCCAGAGUGUGAGGGAGAGCGCUCGCCUGCCCAGCUUCUGUAAACUCAUCCUUAGUGUGGGAAACUUUCUCAACUAUGGGACCCACACGGGGAACGCCGAGGGCUUCAAGAUCAGCACGCUGCUCAAACUGACCGAACCCAAAGCCAACAAGUCCAGAAUCACUCUGCUGCACCACAUCCUGCAGGAGGCGGAGCAGAGCUAUCCCGACCUGUUGAACCUACCUGAUGACCUGGAGAUGGGUGCAAAGGCUGCUGGGUUGAAUCUGGAGUCACUUCAAUGUGAAAGCAGCGCUCUGAUCAAGCAGCUGAAAAACUCUGAGCAGAGACUCUCUUGUUCCUCUGAAGACCUGAAGGAGCAGUACCUGACCCCCAUACAGGAGAGCCUGCAGGCGUUGGAGACGCUGCAUCAGCUGUUGUCCUCGUUGGAGGACAAGAAGACACACCUGUCGGUUUACCUGUGUGAGGACAGCAGCAGCUUCUCCAUCGAAGAACUCUUCAACACCAUCAGAACCUUCAGAGGACUGUUCCUCAGGGCCAUCCAGGAGAACGAGAGCCGCAGGCUGCAGGAGAAGAGAAGGACGCAGCAGGAGGAGGAGAGGAAACGCCAAGGAGACACCUACAAGUUCAACAGGAAGGAGCCGGCCAAUCAGGAGCAAGGCUGCAUCAUCGACAACCUGCUGGCCGAGAUCAAGAAGGGCUACAAUCUGAACCAGACCAGACCACCAACUGACAGACCCAGCAGAGUCCACGAUCAUCCUGAGGUCAUACAGGGGUCCUUGGCUGUGGACAAGCCGGACUCGUUCUCCCUCAGCCAAUCAGAGAAGUCUGCAGAACCACCAGUCCGGACUCAUUCAGGUUCACCAGCUAAGACUAAUAAAAGCCCCCCUGACUCUAUCAGACCUUCUGGACCUUCAGCCGCCCCUGCUGCUGCUGACACUGAAGGAGACCAGAACCCAACCAGAGUCCAGGAUUCUAAGUUGGACUCUGGACCUGACCUUGACACUACAGAUGGAAGUCCUUUAGGGGGCGAGGGAGUCCAGGCCGGACCAGACGAGUCCAGAGAGAACGUCGAUGUAAACACAGAGGAGGACUCUGCGUUUGAGGAGAUCACAUCGUUUGAAGUGAGGAUGACGAUGUCCAAAGAUGAUCCAGCUCCUCAUCCAGCAAAGAGGUCCAUGACCAGUCACCAAGGGGGAGCCAAACACAAAACCUGGACAGGAUGUGUGUCACACUGAGGUGAGUCCACGCUGUCACUUAACCCUCAGUUCAGUCUGUCAGGCUGAAAUCCACCUGCCGACAUUUUCAGGGGUGAUGCAGCUAAAGGAGGAGGGGCCAGGAAACAGGAAGUGUGAGGGGCUAACAUCAUGCUAACUAACAGCAGGAUUUCCCCCUCACCCCAGGAUUCUGAUACAGAGCUGACUCCCUCGCUGUGGCCAAUCAGAAUGCUUCUCCUUCUUCUUCUUCUGUCUGCAGGAACGAUCGGGGCAGAAAGCUUCUCUGGUUGCAGGUGAUGACAGGAGGACUUGUCUCCAUGGCGACAGGACUGAAUGUGUUUCCACAGAGAGAGAAUAACCCUGAUGAGAGAGGAGGUCUGACAGCUGAUUGGUUACUGGUUUGAUUAUUGAUUGAUUCCAGAUCAGAGAAAUAAAACUGUUUAAAGAAAAAAAAAAAAGUGUCAAAGAUCAUGUAAAGAGUCCCAUCGCUAUGACAACCAGCUCGCUGUACAUUAACUGAUG